AUGUCACAGGGAGAGGUCGCUGUUCUUCCAAAAAGCACGGGUACAACCGAAACGGGCUCGGAGCCGUUUCGUGAAGCGCCCAAUAAUAAUAAGCCUGUGCAGCAAUCAUCGCAGCUAGGCUCCCACGGCGCCCAAGAGAAUUCCAGCCAUCCUCCCGAUACUAUUGAAAAGACAGGUCCUGGGAAAGCGUCCUGCAGUAACCCCAACCAUCCAUUGGAUGCUGCACUGUUAGGGGCGCGUGUCGAUACGUUGCAUACCCUCUCACUUUGCCGAACGGUUAUCACGUCCCUCGAGUUGACUCGUAUGCGCAAAUCGCGAGUCGGCUUCUCCUACUGGCUAUCAUUCUGGCAGCAACUAUAUGAACGCUCUCUUGCCCGUUCCUUGGGUAGUAUAGUCUCCUCUGCACGUUCCAAGAUCGAUUUCCUGUUCCGUGAUGUGUCCAGGGAACUGCAGCAAGUCGCAGCCCGGAUGGAGCAUGCUGUGACGCAAGCAGCCUCUGAGAAGGAGAUCCUCAAUAUACUUGAACGAAUGGAAGCUCAAGUCGGCUACCUUCGGAACCGCAGACGUGAAAAAGCUCAAGAGAUAGUGGACAAAAUGAGGGCCGCCAUUCAGGCUAUUCCCGUUAUCGUGAGCGAUGAGCUUCUUGACGACAUGAAACGCGGAAUUUUUGCUUUGGACGUGUACUGCAAUUAUUAUCCUGUGGACUCUGAGACGGAGGAUUGCCAGUGUAUAGGGCCCGGCCGAUUCUUAUAUGAACAGCAAUAUGCCUACAUAGUGGAUCUCCAAGCUCAGAACCGUCCGAAUAUAAUGCCCGCCCCUCCAGUUGCAGUUAAUACUAUGAGCUUCCAUGUGCCGGGCGAGAAUCUCGAGGAUGCAGAGAACCAUAUCAACAGAAAUCAUUGCAAUGAUGAGAACCGCCCGUGGCAUCCACGAGAAGGCGAUAUGACUGAUUGUUGGUGA